AUGAAAUAAUCAAAAUCUAAGGAUGAUGAAAGAGUAGGUCCAUAAUAAUUUAAAAUAAUUGGACUUUUAGGUAGAGGAAGUUUUGGAGAAGUAUAUCUUGUAUAGAAAUAAUAAAAUUUAUAUGCAAUGAAAGUACUUCGUAAAAGUUUAAUUUUUAGUAUUAAUUACUAUAUAUAUAUUAGAAUAAAAUAUUUGUAGAUAUGCAAUAACAGAAAGAAAUGUUUUAUCAGUAUCUUCACAUCCAUUUAUUGUUAAAUUAAGAUAUGCUUUUUAGACUUAGGAUAAAUUAUUUAUGAUAUUAGAUUAUUGUCCUGGAGGUGACUUAGGUUAGAUUUUAACUAAAUAAAAACGAUUGUCUGAAGAUUUAGUCAAACUAUAUAUGUGUGAAAUAAUUUUGGCAUUAGAGGAUCUUCAUAAAAGAGAUAUAAUAUUUCGAGAUUUGAAACCAGAUAAUAUUGUACUUGAUUCAGAAGGUCAUGCUUUAUUAACAGAUUUUGGUUUAUCAAAAGAAGGAAUUUUAGAUGCUAAUAGAGGAGCUUAAUCCUUUUGUGGUUCAGUAGCAUAUUUAGCUCCAGAAAUGCUUAAAAGAUAAGGACAUGGCAAAGCUUUAGAUUGGUAUUUACUUGGAGUUGUUAUGUAUGAACUCUUAACUGGAUUGCCUCCAUAUUAUUCAAAUGAUAAGGAUGUUUUAUUUAAUAACAUUUAGAAUGAAGAACUUCAAAUUCCAAAUAAAAUUUCUGUUGAAGGAAAGAGUCUUUUGAAAGCAGUAAGAUAUUAAUUAUUACUUUAGUUAUUAAAUAGAAAUCCAAUAAAUCGAUUAGGUUCUGGAGAAGGAGAUUACUUGGAAGUGAAAUAACAUCCUUAUUUUUAAGAUAUAAAUUGGGAAUAAGUAUUUAAUAGAGAACUUAAAUUACCAAAACCUAAUAAUAAGAUAAAUUUGUUAUCUAAAGGUGUUUAAAAUGUAUUUGAUUUACAAAGUUUUAUUGAAAUAGAAAAAUCUCAUAUUGAUGGAUGGUCUUACAUUCAUACAGAAUGA